GUUAUAGUAAAAUAAAAACUGAUAUUUUUGAAUAAUAAUCAUUUAGUAUAGUCCUCUCUCUCUCUCUCUCUCUCUCUCUCUCUCUCUCUCUCUCUCUCUCUCUCCCAAAAAAAUCAUUGGUGUAUCUAAUCAAUUGGUCAGUCAAUCAGUCAGUUAGUCAUCAAUAAUGCCGUCGACGGUGUUGUCUAUAAUUGUUACGACAAUUGCCAUAAUUGGUGUAAAAGAGUCGUCAUCGUCGGUGUCGUCGUCGUCGUCGUCAUCAUCGGUCAAACAGUCAGACAGUCAUCACUUGACUAUGGAUGCUAUGAACAGAUACAAUGGUCACCGAUCUACGGCCUAUCGGUCGUCAAUCGUACAGAAUUAUGUUUGCAAUGAUAUGCGGGAAACUCAUAUGCAAAUGGAUCGUAUCAUUGAUUUCUUAAAUAUUACCAAAUGGGAGGUCGAGUGGGAUAGAAAAUCUGAUGGAUACUAUAGGCCUAAAUUGAAUACAAAAUUUUUUUGUUAUCGUAAAGACUUUUGGUGUGCAACAUAUUUUCAUUUUAGCAGAAAUUGCAAUAUAUCUAAGAAUUUUACCGAUGAAAUCGUCAGAGAGUUUGAUUGGGAUCGACAGGAUUUUAACAGUAAAUACGGGGUCGACCUAACCGACCAGUUCUGCAAUGAACUGAACGACAAAUUACAUUAUGCCGACCCAAUGUUCCAGCAAUGGCUAUAUUGUAGUAUUGAUGAGGUACUGGCCCGCAUCAGUGGCACCUAUACUGGAACCGAUGCACCGGACAAACAGCCGCUAUCUCUGCCACCGUCGCCGCGGCCACCACUGCCAGUGCAACAGUCAGGCGCUUACCAUAUGAAGGACAGUCGUGUUGUUGUCAUAAUAUUGAUAAUACUGUGGGAAAGUCCUACUUGA